AGCUUGCCGCUGCUCUGGCUUCAGGGCUCCUCAGGUGGCGGCGCUUGCAGUCGGGCUACGGAGGCCGGGUUGCCAGAUUACGGGAAAGCAUUUAAGAAGCUUGUGGAGUAAUAUGAAUCAAAGUACUAUAAGAUCUGCAGGAAGUCCUUCAAGAUAGCUGGAAAAGAAGAAUUUCUAGACUCUUCAUCAAGAUAUUCAUUCACCCAGUUAAAUCCAAGCCUCCUGUAGUAAAAUCAUGAAUAAAAAUACAUCUGCUGGGGUAUCAUCCAGUCUAGUUGAAAAGGAUCCUGCCUUUCAGAUGAUUACAGUUACCAAGGAAACAGGCCUUGGUCUGAAGAUCCUAGGAGGAAUUAACCGAAAUGAAGGUCCCUUGGUAUAUAUUCAGGAAAUCAUUCCUGGAGGAGACUGUUACAAGGAUGGACGUUUGAAGCCAGGAGAUCAGCUUGUCUCAAUAAACAAGGAAUCUAUGAUCGGCGUAUCCUUUGAAGAAGCAAAAAGCAUAAUUACCAGAGCCAAGUUGAGGUCAGAAUCUGCUUGGGAGAUAGCAUUCAUAAGACAAAAAUCUGAUGGCAGUCAUCCAGAGAAUCCAUCUUGUCCAUCUUUUUUACAAGCUUCAGGAGAAUAUGGACCUCAAGUCUCGACAUUUAGCCUUCUUCCUUCUCCCCCUGAAAUUCUAAUUCCAAAGACCUCAUCCACUCCCCAGACUACGGAUACCAUUUUAUCUUCUUUUAGGAUAAAUCCGAUAAAAACUGGAUACAAGAAGACAGAACAGACUCCAAUUACUUCUUCGGAAAACAGCCCUACGGAUAUGUCUAAUACAGAUAUUGCCCCUGCACGGACUGAUAAUUAUGGACCGCAAGGAAAGAAGAUUUCCCUAAAUCCCUCUGUUCGCCUUAAGGCAGAGAAACUGGAAAUGGCUCUAGAUUAUCUUGGAAUUCAGCCCACAAAGGAACAGCAUCAAGCCCUGAGACAGCGAGUCCAAGUAGACCCAAAGGGGACAGUGUCUUUUGGAGAUUUUGUCCAGGUGGCCAGAAACUUGUUUUCCUUGCAGUUGGAUGAAGUGAAUGUCAGUGCGCAUGAAAUUUCCAGCAUAUUAGAUUCACAGCUCCUUCCUUGUGAUUCCUCAGAGGCAGAUGAAAUAGAAAGGCUUAAGCGUGAAAGAAAUGAUGCCCUGGAGGAAGUGAAUACACUCAAGGAAAAGUUAUUUGAAUCAGAAAGGCAGAAGAAACAGUUGACAGAAGAACUCCAGAAUGUGAAACAAGAAGCCAAAGCUGUGGUUGAAGAAACCAGAGCCCUGCGAAGUCGAAUCCACCUUGCCGAGGCUGCACAGCGCCAGGCACACGGAAUGGAAAUGGACUACGAAGAAGUGAUCCGUCUGUUAGAGGCCGAGAUCACAGAUCUAAAGGCUCAGCUUGCUGAUUAUUCGGACCAAAAUAAAGAAAGUGUUCAGGAGUUAAGAAAGAGAAUUACAGUACUCGACUGCCAAUUGCGAAAAUCGGAAAUGGCUCGAAAAACUUUUCAGGCAUCCACUGAAAAGCUUCUUCAUUUUGUAGAGACUAUUCAAGAAUUAUUUUCUGAUAAUUCUUCUCCUUUAUCAAGUUUAAGUGAAAGAAGAUCUAUGUUAGCUUCUCAGACUUCCCUUACACCACUGGGAAGGAAUGGACGUAACAUCCCAGCAACGCUGGCUCUUGAAUCUAAGGAACUCAUUAAAUCUGUUCGGGCCAUACUUGAUAUGGAUUAUCUACCUUAUGGGUGGGAGGAAGCUUACACAGCAGAUGGAAUCAAGUACUUCAUCAACUGGAGAAAUUUUGUGGAAAAGAGGCUAACUUUGUCAAGGCCAUACAGCAGAGCCAAGUCACGUAACGCAGACGACAUCCUGGAUCCAUCCUGUGAUGAGUGCACUGAACCUGUCCUGCUCAGAGGAGAACGAAGAGGAAUGUUCCAGAGAACUUACCGAUCAGAAGAGUUGACGGUCUCCCAUAAGAAGCUGAGCUCCAUGGUCUUCUAACAUCUCAUUCUACAUGGAUGACCCCCAACACACAAUGGUCUAAAAUAGGAGCAAAACACACACUACUUACUGAGGUUCUGUAAUAGAGACUCUGGAUUUAGGCUACUUUGUAAAAUUUUUUUCUUUGCUUAUGAUGAGAAUUUUUUUCUUUUAUUGAAGUGUAAUUAACAUAUGGUGUCAUAUUAGUUUCAGGUGUACAAUAUAGCGACUCAGCAAUUCUAUACACUGUUCACUGCUCAUCGCGAUAAGGGUACUUUUAAUCCCCCUUACCUAUUUCGUCCAUCUCCCUACCCACCUCCCCUCUGGCAACCACCCUCUUGUUCUGUGUAUUCAACAGUCUAUUUUUUUGUUUUGUCUCUCUUUUCCUUUGUUCGUUUGGUUUGUUUCUUAAAUUCCACGUAUGAGUGAGAGCGUAUGGUAUGGUAAAACCUUUUGCUAUAAGUGUAUACAUUUAUGAGAUCAAUUACCACUACACUAGUUCUUUAAGAAUCAUCUAGUUGCAUUUUUUGAAAUCACAUAUAAUUAGAUUUUAUAAUAUGUAUAUUUUUUUCAUAUACAAUUAGAUUUGUAAUUUUAUAUAUAGUUCUUUAUAGAGUAUCAGAUACCACGAUUUUUAUAAUUAAGACUUACAGGAAAAUUAUGUGAACGCAGUGAAGCACUUCAUUUAUUUGGUAAGUCACUAACCUUUUAUAUUAGUAUCUUAGGAAAGUGAUCUGAGCAAGCUUUUGGGGGUUUCUUAAGGAUCACAUGUGGACAACUAUCUCAUAGGCUAUGGAAUAUAGUUUACAUGUGUAUGGGGCGCUCUCAUUUACCAAAUGCUUCUCAGACCCUGUUUUGUUUAAACCACACAACAUGCCUGUGAGGCAGAUCCUGUGGGUAUUUUUAUUCUUGUUUUUCAGUUGGGGAAAUAGUGGUUCAGGGAAAAGAAGCACCUUGUCCCAGGGCUGAGAGUCACACCUGUCUUCUGAUUCCGCGUCCAGCCCCCUUUCCACUGCACCCCGCUGUCCCUGCAGAGGGAGGUCAUAGCCCAACACGCAGGCCACCGCGGUUCUGUUGACACAGCUGAGCUCCACAGUUGUGCGCUCCAGCGGCCACAGAGAUUCAGAGGCCCCUCUGCAGUCAGACGGGGCCCCCACAUAACCCCACUGUUUUCCUAAAAACCCCUCCCCCCUCCCCCCCAACAUUCACCAAGUCAUGGCUUGGCCCCAUGAUGCCCUUCCAACAGUCUUCUUUGAGCAGCUCACAUUUUCCUACAGUAAAGGACUGGCUCCCAUCAGGGGGCCGCUCUGCUUAGGCUGCCCUUGCCAGAGGGGACAGUUGUGGGUUGCUGAUGAGAAGAGGAGCGUCUGGAAUCUCCUCUGCUAUCAGGACUCAUCCGUGAACUUUCCUGCUGGGAGUUCAAGACUGGCCUCAUGAUUGCUGCUAUCACCCUCCAAGCUGGUUACACUUUUCAUCUUAAGCUAUUUUAUUGUAAGGGUGCCACUAGACAGUUCCUGGAAGGAAAGAGCCAUUGACAUGGAGGGCUUAAGAUUUUCUCUUAAGUUUAAUGAUUUAAACCUGGGGCUGGGGAUUGGCGUGGAGCGGGGAGGAAGUCAUUUUAAAUGUCCUGGGCGUUAGUUGGGUACCAACUGAAUGAUAAAAAGGGAUUUAUUCAUAUCCAAUAUUAUGAUAUUGUUAGGUAAUAUACUUAGUAAGAAAGUGAGUAAGAAUCCUUAAUUAAUCAGAACACCCUGUUCCCAGACCAUGCCUGGGAAGACCGAGAAGUUACUGUUUGUCACCGUGGUCUCUUCUAACCACUUCCUCCCUCCUCCUCCUCCUUGUCCUCUUCAUUCCCUCCCCACCUCUGAAAAACAAGUAGGAGAAAGGAACCCCAACCUUGAGGAUCAUGUGAUUCUGUGAUUUUCAAACAUCUUUUGGAGAAAAAGACUCAUUUUCAAAUGAAUUCUUAGGCAGAAUCCCAAUAUAUGUAACAGGUUUUGUUUUGUUUUUAAUAUUGUUGCUCUGCUUGAAACAAGAGAUGCCUGAGGCCCAAUUGUAAGAAUCCCCAAUUGUAACCAUUUUAUAGAUAGUCAACUGAGAUCCUAAGAGGUCACAGAGUGGGUUAGUGCCCAGUCAAAAUGGGACCUAGAUCCUAGAGUCUCCUACUCUACUAAGUUUCAUAUGGCACGUAAUAUAGAUGCAUAUUGUAAAUGUAGGUCUAUAUUAUGCUCACCUAUUCAAUCCUGAAUAUAUAUCGGAUUUAUAAUUUACAUCUUGAGUAAUAGCAUAAAGUCAAAUCCAGGCUGAUAGGCAGUCAUUAGCCCCGAGAAAAGUUUCAGAAUGGCUGAAGAAAACUCGUGUUUCUCCUGAGAGCUACGUGAAUAUUAGCAAGCUCCAGGGAGACAAGUUUUGAGAGAAGUCCCUGAGGGAGCUCUUUCCUUGUGUCCCCCAGAGGUGAGUGAGAUUCUCAAACACCCAAAGUUACUUUUAUAAGCUAGUGUCUAUAAUUGUGAAAGUGCGGGCUUUUUGUUGUCGUGAAAUUAAUGGUAUGAAAUUUCCCUCCCCCUACUGGGAGUGUUUUUCUGAUUUGUUUUUAAGUGAAGAAAACACAGAAGCAACUCCAGAGUCGCUUGAAAUCAAGGUCCUCAGGCAUGCAUUUUACUGACAGACACUGUCACAGGCACAAGACUGCUGUUUUGUGCCACUUUCUUCCUUGCUUCCUCAUGGAAUACCUCAUGGAAAAGAGCUAUGAAAAUUGUAACGAUAUUCUUUGUUGAGCAUUUUGUGCCAUACAUUGAGAUGGGCAGUUUGCAUAGAUUACUUCAUUAUCUUCUUAAAACAACCCCAUGAGGUAGAAACUAUAAUGAUCCCCAUUUUGUAAAGAAGAAAUUUGGGAUCGGAGGGAGUUGCUAAUCUUUGCCUAAGGGUCACAGGGUACCUCCAUGUGGAAGGUAGGGUUCAAGGCAGGUGUGGCACAGCCGGUUCUCUUAAACCACUCUGCAGAGCUGCUUAGAUCCAUUGUGUGUGACGCUGCCGGCAGAGCUAGGUCUGUGGGUCAGUUCUUCAAAGGGCAGAUUCCAGUUCCGUGCAAUCAGGAAGUUUCUGGGAGUUAGGGCUCCCCAGGAAAGAAUUCCCCCGGAGGAAGCAAAAGCACUGUCCCAGGAAGUGUUCAAUCAGAACUCCUUACGGGAAUGGUACUGAGGAGGUUCAGGGUCUGAACUGGCAUGUCUGAGAUUUCUUCCUCUUUAUGCUUCUAUGACCUCCAAACCAACUGAUAAAUGCCCCCAAGAGACACUCAAAGAAACAUGGUGGGGACUCAUUAAGAAUCCUUAGCCAGUGCAGGUUGAACCCCCAGAUUAUUUUUUGGUGAGUUGAUACUUAUCUGGCCAGUCUUUCUUUAAUAUAAAUCAACCCUAUGGGUGUGAUAAACUUCUCUGUUGACCCACUGGCUCUGAUUCUAGGGUUAGAAAAUCUCAGUGUUCUUACGUCCUUCCACCUCACCUCAUGGAAGAGUGACCAGGGUUGGUCAUCUUUACUCCUUUAUUCUCAGGGUACGUACUGAGCAUCAACAGUGUGCCAAGCAUAGUGUGAGGCACUGUAGCAAAGUAGGACAAAAUAACCAUUUCCUGGGUCCUCUUAUUCUUGGUUAAAAAGUAAAAAGCUUCUCAGGUGGCCAGAGUUGGAACAGCUACUCUUUAACUUCUGGAUGUUAAAAAUAACCUAUUUCCAUUGAAAAAUCAAGAAGUGGGGCUCCUGGGUGGCACAGCGGUUAGGCGUCUGCCUUCGGCUCAGGGCGUGAUCCCGGCGUUCUGGGAUCGAGCCCCACGUCAGGCAUCUCCUCUAUGAGCCUGCU